CCUUGUGCCUUGUAGAAUCCUUUUCACAUAAAGGUGGUUAUUACAAAUGGACGGCCCCCUUAUGGGCAAGGAUACUAGUACCUAUCAGUCCAGAAAUGGAAGGAAGACGCCUUUUCAUAUUUUUCUCAACGAUGCAAGGCUCAUUUUCAAGAGGGAUGAGCUAGGCCUGGAGAUAGCUCAGAUUGCACUCCCUGCGGCACUGGCUUUGGCAGCUGACCCUAUUGCUUCUCUAGUUGACACGGCAUUCAUUGGCCAUAUAGGUCCAGUGGAGCUUGCUGCCGUAGGAGUUUCCAUUGCUGUAUUUAAUCAAGUAUCAAGGGUUGCUAUCUUCCCACUUGUUAGCGUUACAACAUCAUUUGUUGCAGAGGAAGAUGCUGCGUGUAAGAUGAUGAGCACUGAAGAACGAGGAAAUGAAAAUCUGGAAGAGGCUUUACCUUUAAGCAGUGAAAUGAAAAACUUGCCUUCACAUCUUGAUUCUGGCAACAAUGAGUACCACCCGUUCAUUGCUUUUGAAAAUCAAAAUAUGGCAGAAAGCAGGUAUGAGAGAAGGUAUAUACCGUCGGUGUCUUCAGCACUGGUUAUUGGUGGAGUGCUUGGUGUUCUACAAGCUGUUCUCCUCAUUUUUGCUGCAAAGCCUCUCUUAAACUUCAUGGGCGUGCAGUCAGAUUCCCCAAUGCUAAACCCUGCACAACAGUACUUGACAUUAAGGUCCCUUGGUGCUCCUGCUGUUCUUUUAUCAUUGGCCAUGCAAGGGGUUUUUCGAGGAUUUAAGGAUACAAAAACUCCUCUGUAUGCUACAGUGGCAGGGGACCUGACAAAUAUCAUUCUAGACCCGAUUUUUAUGUUCGUCUUCCGCUUAGGUGUCAGUGGUGCAGCCAUUGCCCAUGUUAUUUCUCAGUACCUGAUGUCACUGAUACUGUUAUUGAAAUUAAUGGAAAAGGUCGAUGUCUUGCCCCCAAGUAUCAAAGAUCUUCAAUUUAGUCGGUUUCUUAAAAAUGGCUCUCUAUUGCUAGUGAGGGUGGUAGCUGUAACAUUCUGCGUAACCCUGGCAGCAUCAAGGGCUGCACGUCAGGGCCCGAUCUGCAUGGCAGCAUUCCAAAUCUGCUUACAGAUUUGGUUGACGACAUCUCUUCUAGCUGAUGGAUUGGCUGUUGCUGCUCAGGCAAUACUCGCAUCUGCAUUCGCCAGAAAUGAUCGUGACAAGGCCAUGGCCACCACAUCCCGAGUAUUGCAGUUGAGUCUGGUUAUGGGAUUGUCUCUGGCUGCAUUUCUUGGGAUCGGCUUGCAAUUUGCAUGGAGAUUAUUUACAAAGGACGUCAAAGUGAUGCAACUCAUGCGUAUAGGCAUUCCGUUUGUAGCUGCUACCCAACCGAUUAAUGCCGUGGCAUUUGUUUUUGAUGGGAUCAACUUUGGAGCUUCGGAUUUUGCAUAUUCUGCUCAUUCGAUGAUCAUCGUAGCAAUUCUCAGCAUUGUCUGCCUGUUUCUUCUGUCAUCAAGCUACGGUUUCGUCGGAAUAUGGAUAGCUCUGACCAUCUAUAUGAGCAUGCGCAUGUUCGCUGGUUUUGGGAGGAUAGGGAGUGCAAGUGGACCUUGGAAGUUCCUCCGGAAUUGAUAUUUUCGUUCUGUUGAGUGAAAAAUUCCCAAGCCCUUUUGUGUUACAUAACCCACUACUAACCAUUAUAUUUCUUGUAUUAUAAUUAAUAGAAAGAAACAAAGAGAAAGAAAGGCUGUUUUCU